AUGGAAGCGAUGGGACUCGGACGCUGUUCCUGUGCCUUUUGGCUAGCGGUCGCCUUUGAUAUCAUGGGACUUGGAAUCCUGCUGAUCGGAGUGUUCGCCAACCUCUUUUUUUAUGAUUUUCUUAUUUACGCCGGAGCCAUUAUCAUAUUCCUUAGCCUGAUCUGGUGGGUGUUUUGGUACACUGGCAACAUUGAGGUGCCACCGCAGGAGUUGGAAGACGAUGUCGGUCUUUUGAAGAAGGACACCGGGGUUGUGGGGCUAGUGAGGAGGCUCUCGAGCCGCUUAACCAACGGUUUCAGGUCAUCGUUCGGAAGGAAUAAACGAAACAAAGGACAGAGGGGCAACCCCCAGACCCAGCGGCCGGCACAAGCGGGUCCAACACAGCAGGCAGUGGUCCUGCCAAUGGCACAGCCUGGUAAUGUGCAUACGGUCUCUGCUGCCGUAGCUACCGAAGUGCCACCGGACCACGCAGCCAUUCAAACAUCAGCCAUAUAA